GUACCCAGUAUGUUUGUAAACUGGGGUUUUCUACAAUUUUGCCAAAAUACUGAUAUCUGAAGUGUUUAUGGUUUGUUUUUGAACUAUUUACGGUUGAGUGCAAGUUGUCGUUUAUAUUAUACUAGAUAUUUAUUUAAUAUGAGCUGCGAGGAAUUGAUAUUUUUGUGACGAUAGGGGUUAGGUUACUCUUGCGGCCUUAUUGGAAACGUAAGAUACGAAUGUGGAAUGUGGGACCUAAUUCUAAUUGUACAAAGCCGAGUAAAAAUGUUUUUGUAUAUUCAUUAUCGCAAAUGUCAGGUGAUUCCCAAAUCAGAUACACUCUGUAUAUUGAAAAUUGGUAAUUUGAAAUGAGAUGUGGCUACCUGAAUGUUGAUAUUUGAUUGUAUUCAAUUAUGCAAAGCCUGGAGGCAGCAUGUGAGGAUGGUGAACUACCAAUCAAAAGAAUUAAGUCAAGUCGUUCCUCCUUACCUCUGCUUUGCCCCCAGGAAGCAUCAACAUCUGCAUCAACAUCACUAGAAAUCACAGAAAACCCUUCCGGAAAACCUCCAUUCGAUAUUUUUGCCAAACUAUUAGAAUUAUAUGAAGAAGAAAAUGAGGAUAACGAUGACGAGGAGGAGAACGAAACUUCGGUUCUGAAAUACAACACGUUUCUGUUAGAAAAACUUGUAGCGAGAGAAAGACUGAACACAAUGAUUCUAAAUCUGUAUCCUGGCAACAAAGGCUACUCCCUGGCUUUCAGAACUAUGUCAAGGACCGAUCCCAAUUAUACCGAAGAUACUGCCAAUUUGAUAGAAACCACUCAGUGGCCUUAUGAGAAAGAUGAUCUUCUUCGAUAUAUCGAUCACGAAGAACUUCCACCUUUCAUAAUAGACAUACUAGAAUCACAAUUUAGUUACCUCUUUUACAGCGGUUGUAUUAUAGCUGAAGUCAGGGAUUACCGCCGGUCUUAUCCUCAUUUCAAGUGCGACAUUCAUCAUGUUUUGCUCAGGCCUACGCUCAAGAGUAUGAUGGCUGACAUAAACAGCAUGGUAGAAGAAAAUCCCGAAUGGGGCAGCGAAGAAAAAGACCAGUUGGAAAGCCAGCUGUUGAUUGCAAACGAACCCACCUUGUGUUUAGACCCCGACAACUCCAUUUGCCGAGACGUGAUAGAAGCGAAUAAUAGAAAGAUGUUGUGGAACACCCACAAAUUCAGAAGGAUGGCGAAGAAAUUCUCCCAGGUGACGGUGAACCGCAAGAGGAAAUUGGACCACUUCACUCACCGACAGGGCCUGGACUUUUACGAAUUUCUCUGUCGAACGCGAAACAAACCAAAUAUAGGAACGCCAGCAGGACCCUCGAAACCGACGAAGAAAAGUUCGGAAGACUUGAAGCCAGUGCCUGUGCCUAAUUUAGAAUCACCGUUACUCAGUGUUCCUACGGAGGAAGUCGUUAUAAAUGAUUUCAAGAUUUACCAGAGACCUAAGGAGACGAGCGACUGCCUGCCACAGCUGAUAGAGGAGUACGUCCUAGAGACGGACAUGCCUUCCAAAGACAAGGGCACCCCUAGGGUGUACCACAUCAAGUUAUCCAUAAUGCAGAGGCCUUCGAAUUCAGAGUACCUGGGGGAACUUUAUUUGGACCGAGACCACAAGAAAGACAAACAGAACGGUGUGGCGUGUAGGUUUUCGUUGGGGUCUCGAGCCAAUGCCAACAGGUACAUCCAUCAGUUCACGGAAAUUUUCACGGAGAGCGGCAGGAAAUCGGUGAGGAUACGUUACGGUCUGAGUUCCAAUUACAAGGAGCGCGUCGCUGUAGCCCAAGCGCAGCAGCCAGUGCAGGUUCAGAGCGCUGGUCAGGCCAAUUCGCCGCAGCAACACUUGCAGCAGCUGGCCCAGUGCUUGCAAAAUCAGGCUCCCGUCAUGAACGGGAAUGUCGGGGGUCAGCAGAGUCAGAUGCCAAGUACUGCUAACGUUCCUAUUUUGCAGAGUCACUUGCAGGCGUCGCAAGCUAAAGCUUCCAGUCAGGCGAUAUCGAAUCAGGAAUUGGCGAUAAGCGCCUUGGCUACGAAGCUGAUGAAUUCCGCUCAACAGUUUCAGGCAGCAGCAAGUGCCAAGCAACAACAACAGCAGCAGCAGCAACAACAACAGCAGCAGCAACAACAGCAACAAAAGUUAGUCGGCAAUAACGCUGCAAUAAUAAAUUUGUUAAAAAGUUCGCCGGCCACUAACAUUAACAGUGAUGCAGUGGUAAACGCUAUAAACAAUUCGCCUCUAUUACCUCAACAAAUGCAGACUAUUAACCAAAAAAUUUUAGCACGUAAAAUGACUCUUUCUAAUGUAGCUAACGCACGCGUAUUGAAUCACAGUAAUCUGAUAGCGUUGAACAAUAAUAGGUUGAAUUUGCAAGACUUGACACAGCUCAGUCAGCAGCAACCGCAGCAACAGCAGCAACCUCAGACUAUAACGCUGACUUCUGUGAACAAUUCUAACUUCGCGAACUUCACCGCCGUUCCCGUUAAACAGCAAGUGGUUACUCAGAGAAUCGUGGGGAGCAGCUCCAGCGAGGGGGGUAACAAGUCUGCCUUAUCCGCACUGCUGGUGGGAACCCCGGCUGCUGACAGACCGGACAUCGUAGGCCCGAAUACCAACUCUCUGCUCUUGGAGAAGCUGGCCGGAUCCUCGAACAGCUCCCAAACGAACGCCCACUUCAUCCAGAGUCCUAAGAGCAGCCAGCAGUUCAUGGUGCAGUCGCCGAAAGCGAACACGGUACUUAGCCCUCUCUCGAGUCCCCCUCCGCAGGCAGCGAAUACGAUCAAUGUCCAGAGCCUCAAUUUCGCGCAGUUGCAGAGCAUCCCGGGGUUGCAGAAUCUGCAGGUGCAGUUGCCAGGAUUCGCGCAGCCCAUAUCGCUGUCGUUGAACGUUUCUUCUGCUGGGAAUAUUCAGGGGCACCCUACGAGUUUGAUAGUGUCUCUUCCGGUUACGACAGCCAGUCAGACUUCUAAUACAGUGACGCAGGCUGCCAGUGGUAGCGGAAACAUAGGCGGGGUUGGUAAUAUUGGCGUGGGCCCGCAAACCGUCGUACUGGCCAAUGCUGGUACAUCUAAUCUAGCUCAAUUGGUAACUUCUUGCGUGAAAGGGGUUUCUCAGCAAGGCGUUAGAUCUACCUCAGUUCCCCAAACACUGUCGUUAACUCAGGGAGGUCAACAGUUUCAACUCAUAACGCCAUUACAGAGGCCAAGAGUUCAACAGGCGUCUGCUCCCCAGCAAACCCUGACUUCCAGGACCCUCCAAAGGACUACUCCAAUCACGAUCAAGAUGGCGACUCCGAACGCAAAUGCUUCGCAAACUCCAUUACCUUCAAAUUCAGCGAUAGCAAAUCAACUUCAGAAGCAAGCUCAACUGCAUCAGUUCCAGCAAAUUUGUUUAAAUCAGCCCAGCGUAUUGGAGAAUAUCAGGAGGAGGUCGAAUACGUCAGAUCCGCAGUAGCUUUAGUUUUUAGUUUGGAAUUUUGUACAUUACAUUAUGAACUAGUCUCGUUUAUGUAUCAUAUUCAACAAAAUAGUUUGGUCGCAGAGUACUUUACUACUGUUUAAACUGCCAUCCAUUGAAAUGUAUUAGCUCAAACCAAGUUACGAUAUAGGGAGAUGGUAGGAUGACUUUGAUUGGAAUUGAUAAUUCGAAAUAUUAGGUAUCGGUGUUACUGUCAAAGUCUUUUCCCUCUUCACCGACUUCAAGGUGUGAUUCAUCGAUGAAGGUGUGAAAGACAAGCUUGAGAACACUUUAAAAGGACAAUCAAAAUUUUUUGGCGAAAAGUACUUUUUUCAACGAAACAUCAAGGGUUUCAAAUCUGUAUGAUCACGAGGAGACAAAUUCAGUUUAUUCUUUGAAGAAUUUACUUUUGAAUAUCAAAUCCAGUUCAAGAAUGAAGGUAACGUUUCUAGAUUAGCAAAAAAAAAUCAUAAUUCCAUGGACUUCUGAGUUUUGCAAUAUUUAUGCUUCGUCAAAUGACAUGUAUGAAGGUUAUCCAAGUAUGAAUAUUUAAAAUUUCUCUAUUUUGUCAUUCAACUCUAACACUGGGCCUUUAGUUUAUUGCCUUAGUAGUAAACGAAGAUUGGCAGUCAAACUUUAUUCUCAAAAGGGAUUUUGUGUUUUUAAAAAUUAUACAAACGAGUUUUUGGUGAUGUAAGGAGCCACAUUUUACCAGAAAAACUCCAUCAGAGUAAAUAUAUUUACUUCCACCAUUAGGGCUUCCUGACAGUGCCCCAAUUUGAAGCAGAUUUUUGAAAUAUUUACAGUAAAAUUCAAGCAAUUUGAGAAGAUAAAUUGUAUUGAGCUUUUUAGAUAUAUACUAAAAAUAAGUUGAAUUUGCCUCUGACUUAUUUCUCAUCAGUUUCUAAUCCCUGCAUCACAUUUUGGAAAAAAUCUCUCUGAUUAUAUCCGUGCAAAAUGAUUAUUUGAUUAGAUAAUUUAAAGCUAUUUUGACAAUUUUUUGAAACAAAUACUGCACAAAUUCUGAUUUAGCAAAUUAUUUUCUAAGAUCAGUUUUUCUAAUUUUCCCCAAAAUUCAGAUUGAAAAUUGGAAAAAAAACAAUGAAAUAUUUGCUUCUAAUGUGAGAAAACUGAACUGUGUAUUUAAAACAACUUUUCCUCUUGUUGUUUGCCAUGGUUUUGACAAAUUAGGAACUUUAAACUGUUUUUUCACUGAUGGAAGUUUUUUUAUUUCUUGUUGAAGUAGCACUGAUAUCUAAUUUUGAGUUCUCAAUCCACCAGUAACAUGAAGAAUGUUGCAUAAAGUUGUCAACUACUGCCUCAUACACUGUGUAGUUAGUUGUUCCUUCAUUUAAGUUUCUUUUAUCACAUAUAAUCCUUCAUUUGACAGUAUUACUAAUUUAGUAGUAGUAGUAAUUUAUGCUAUAUUCACUUUCCCUCCUGGACUUUAUAAACACACUUGAAACUCCUUAAAUGAAUGACACCUUUGCAGAAAAUUUUUUGAAAUUGGGUAUACAGUGAGUUUACAUUAUAACAGUUGGUCUGAAAUGUCUGUAGGCUAACAUAGAAUCAUUUACUUUUGAAAAAAAAUGAUUUUAUUAUCUGAUAUAGUUGCCUUCGAUACCAUUUUUAUAGAACGAUUUGCCUUAAGCCUCAAAAUAGGCCUCUGUUUCGACGAUUACCUCUUUCUCGGCGUUAAAUUUCUUUCCAGCGAGCAUUCUCUUGAGGUCUGAGAACAGGAAAAAAUCGCUGGGGGCCAGAUCUGGAGAAUACGGUGGAUGUGGAAGCAAUUCAAAGCCCAAUUCAUGCAAUUUUGCCAUCGUUCUAAUUGAGUGCAUUUUCUUGAUGAAGCAGAACUUUCGUUUUCUCAAAAUGCUCCUAUAACUCUUAUGUAUUGUCGCUGUUGAUGGAUAUUAUACCAUGCGCAUCUCAAAAUACCAGUAUUCAUAACUUUGCCAGCUGACUAUUGCGUUUUUGCACGCUUUGGAGUUGGUUCACCACGUGCAGUCCACUCAGGUGAUGUCGGGUCGAUUCUGGUGUGAAAUGAUGGAGCUAUGCUUCAUCCAUUGUUAAAUAUCGGCGUGUAUGAAUUCGGGUUUGUCAGGGUGGAACAGCUUCAAACACUGCUCAGAAUCAAUUCGUUGUUGUUUUUGGUUGAUUGUGAGCUCGCGUGGCACUCACUUUGAACAGAACUUUCGCAUAAUCAAAUAUUCAUGAACGAUACGUUCAACACAUUCUUUUGAUAUCCCUUUAAUAAUAAUAAUAAUCUUUAUUUCAAAGAUAUGCCGACUAUUACAGCUUGUACACAGACAACAUAGAAUGAAAUAAUGUCAACAAAAAAAA